AAUGAGGCCCCAGAUCUUACAAGGUAAAAUGUAAACUGUUCACUUCCCUUCUGUUCAUAAACAUUAUUGAGGAACUUCACAUUAUGUCUUUUUAUAUGGAUCACAUGUUACAAAUAUGAGUCCUAACCUUAUUUGCUGCAUUCGUUUUAACAAUAGCUGAAUACAUUUCUAGAUAUGCAUGUGUCACAUUUGCACAAGUCUUACACUAAUGUUUCUUUCUUUCCAGAAUUUUGCUAUUAAUUGUUGCAUCUAAAAUAUUAAAUUUGACAUCAUGAAAAGUGGGGUGCAAAACUGUUUGUCUUUUAUUGACAGUGUCGGAUUUGAACGGAAUGUGAAUCUCUAAGAUAAUAACAGCAGAGGUGAGACAGAGUUCAGGAUCACAUGGUUCCAUUUUCUCUGGGGACAUAGACCAGCUUCACAAAGUCUUUUGUCUAAUGAUUGAACUCAUUGUAAAAAAAAAAAAAACGGAAAAAUUGAAAAGUACCUAAAAUAGGUUUUGAGCCAAUGAGGUUUAGAGAGGGAGAGAGUUGCAGCUUUCUUUUUGAUUCUUUCCUCCUCCUCCAUCUCUCGCCGCGCGCUCAUUCAGCUGAUGAAAACUGGAGGAGCGCGCGCGCGCCCCUCUAAUCCGCGCGGCCAGGGACCCCGUUCCUCUCCUCGCUCCGCUGGUCAGGAGCGCAUCAUCUUUGCCUUUUUUUUUCUUGGUUUCCGCUACAACAUGAGCGCUGAUUGCAGCAGUUAUUACAACUCGGACGGAGGGUUUGUGGAGGGCUUCUCCUGCCCCAAACCGGGAAAUGCUGCGUUUGCGGUCUACUGCUGCGGAUUUAACGAUGUCAAGUACUGCUGUGGUGACCCCAACAGCUUUUUCCCAUACGAGUACAGCUACAUGUGGUGGCUGAGUAUUGGAGCUCUGGUUGGUCUUUCAAUUGCUGCAGUUGUGCUUCUUGCGUUCCUCAUCACUGUGUGUGUCCUCUGCUACCUCUUCAUCGCCACCAAACCCAGUCGCCUGGACAAUGGCCUCCCCCUGAGAGCACCAGCGGCGGACCCCAGUGACGGACCCAGUCACGUGAGAGUAACCAGUGCCUCUGGACCACAUGGAAUCCGAAAACACCUGAUGACUCGAAAAGUGGACUCAGAUAACGAACCGUCAGAGCCUGAGCGCCUGUUCCAGCGGUGCUUCACUGCCACAGUUACUGGAGUGAAAGUGGAAAGUCCUUCUUAGACCACUGAAUAACUUUUAAUCAAAGAAUCAAGCCUGCUGUGUGCAAUUCAGGAAGACUGUUAGACUAACCAGUUGCCAGAGUUUCCAAAGGGGAGUUACAAGUGGGAGGAGAACAGUAAUUGCUAACGUGAGGUGUGGUCAAAUGGAGUAGUCCGGUUGAAGUGGAAUAACUACUAUGUAAUUCUUUCAAGUGGUGGAACAAACAUCCAGAAUUCCAAUGACUACUCAGACAAAGAGCUUAUUAUAAAGGCUUGGAAAACGUUCUGCUCCUCAUGGCUUCUGAUGGGUGGAAAUUAAUUUUCUCUGAAUGAGAAAACAUAGUGUGCAUGGAAUUACAGACACAUAGUCACCAAGGCUCUGCUUUAGGGCAGACUGAGUUUGUGUUUCUAAAUCCAGAAAAGUGAGUGUGAUUUGAAAUGCAACAAAAACCAAGUAUUUUGUUCAAUUUCAAACUUCAUUUUAGUUGUGAGCAGCUUGACUGUUAUUAGAGGCAAAUCUAAAGUACGGGAGGGUCAUUCAAGCUCACAGACUCAGCAUUCAUAGAAUCACGCUGCUUAUCUUGUCCUGUGGAAACAACAAUACAGCAAGCAGGAAGUGAUUCCAUGAUUGUAGCUCCUCUCACAUUCUUGGUGUGUUCACAAAUGCUCAAGUCACAUUUAUGUUACCUCAUUUGCAGCAGACACGUGCUUAAGUGGUUAGCAAACCACUCUGUGGGCCGCACAGUGCGACUGGAGGAAACAUGGUUCAAUAGGUCUGAAAUAUGUGACACCGCAUUGAAAUUGCUAUGCAAUCAAAAGACCCCAGGAAACUCUCUCUGACACUGACAUUUUAAGAAAUAGCCUUGACAAAACAAAUUUUGAUUCAAGUCAGUGUGAUCUGAUGCAGUUGGUUACAUCUGUUUGAACAAAAUGUGUUAUUUUCCAUUAGAAUAAAAAAAGAGCCAUUUCUAUCAAUAGUACAAGACAUGGGUUUUCACAUGAGUCUGUUUGAAAUACAUUUAGUGCAACAAAAGUAUUUUUUGCCACAAAAAACAUUUAUAAAAAAUAAAAGGAACAAUAGCUCAAGGGUAUCCUAUAUGUUUGCUGUUUCCACACCUCUUUGAUAAAUGACGGAAAGAACUUCACAGAAUCUUAGACAACUUAAACAACAUCUUAAACAACAGUUUUAAAACUUGGAAAAUAUAUGUGAACCAGCAAUAUUAAGACAACUGACACUGUAAUUUAUCACAAUUGAUCUGACUCUUAGUAGUAAUGUAGAAGUACCUUAUUUGACUUUCAUGCAGCGCUUAGCAGAGCUAAAAUCAAUGCCUGCAAAACAAGCAACAUGACUUACUCACUGUGGAAUACAAAGAAGACUAAGUUGCAGAAUGCAUAAUGUUUGCUUUUGGCCACGUUUUCUCUUGGUUUGUCUAUGUGCUUACAUGCACUUUGUCAUUUAAGUGUAGUUGAGGAUAAUUUAAAGAUAAUUGAUUCAAGCUGCUCUGUGUGCAUUUAAUUAGGAGCAGUUUGAAGGGGUUUUGAAUUUAAAUUUAAAUUCAAAUUUUACCUGUAACUUACCCAUAUGACAGUCAUCAUGAAUGUACAGUAACAAAAUAAAUAGAACAUGAAAUAAAUUAGAAAGUGUAAACUAGUAUACAUAUGUAUAGGGAUCAAUGACAACCUGAAGGAGCAAGCUGACAAAGUUGAAAGAAAAUUUGACAAGAUUGUGGAAACUGCCAAAGAUUUGAGGGUUGAGUACGGGUUGAAGCUCAUGGAUGCUUCUUUUCUAGCUAGUCUUGAUGCCCUCACAGAUCAAACAUUGAUCUCAUGCAUGUAUUUAGGUGUGCUUCAGGUUCUGAACUGCAGGUUUGAAAGAACAGAAAGCCAUGUCGUGUGAUUCUGUUAAAUUAAGAUUCAAAAUAAAUUGAACAUUUUAAAUAUAAUUUGCUGCAUUUCAAAAGGUAAUUGUAGAAAGUGUCAUUUUGUGUGUUGUAAUGAUGGGACAUGCAGCUGUGUGCUGCAUGAGCGUGGAGCAAAGCCGUAUUGAUCUCAUAUUCUAUCUUAUCUCAGGGACUAAAGAGAAUGAACAUAAGAGUGAAGUAAGACUUGCUUAAGCAAACAUCAGUGUCAGUACUUUGAAUGCAUUGAAUGACUUGUGAUUACAUUAUUUCUACCAACAUUUUCAUGCAAAUGUUCCGUAAUGACUGGAGGCUAGAUGCUUCCUGGCGGUUCUACUGAUGCUUUGCAUCUUUUACCAACUCUGCAGUCAAUUUUCUUUUCAACGUUUCCAUUACUGUUAAUGAGGCUGGUGUUGCUAAACAACUGUGACAAAGCAUCUACCAUGAGAUGCUGAUGUGAGGAAGCAGCUGAUAGUGUGGUGACUGACUGUAUACCGGUGAUGUAUGAACGGAUCAGGAAGUUGGCUACACAAAUACUGAUUAAUGUCUCAAAGAAAGCACAUGAAAAGGUUGAGUGAAAAAUGAGCUGCCAAGGUCUCAUAUUUUAUCAUUAUCCAGCAAGGUACAGACAUGAGAGAACCUGGUCAUUCGUCAUGGUUCUUUGAAAUACUUAUGCUGUCUUUUUCUACAUGUUGAAUCACUUGUUUUUACUGUUUAAAAAAAGGGGAGGUUUGAUAUUUCUUUUUGAGUCUAAAGUUGUAACAUUGUGGUGUUUAUCUGUGAGGUUUGGACAGUGCCUUCAGACUUUAAUAUAUUCCAAAGUUUGUAGAUGAAUUGUAUUUGAUGCACAAGCAUAAGAAAGGAAACGGUCUCUUGGUGUCUAUGCUGGAAGCUUAUGGUAAAAGCCAGCAUUAUUUUUUUUUUUCAACUAACAAGUUGUACGAACAGAAAUAUGACAUGAAAGGCUUUUCUUUGGUAAGUGAAAUACAGAUUUGUGCCUCCUUUCAAUCACUAUUUAGAGAUCAAUACUCUAUGACUAUUUUUUUUUUUAUUAAGUUACAUUUUAAUUUUGUGCAAAUUUGACUUACAAAAACAUUCCACUGUCCCAGCAGCAAGCACGGAGGUGGGAGUAUAAUGACUAGUUAAAAAAAAAAAAAA